UAGAUUCAUAUUCCCCAGGCAAACUUCAAUUACCCUUCCCGAUAUCAUAUCAGCGACCAUGGAGCAACAGCAACCGAAUCACGACAUGCGCGAAGACCAGCAAGACUACUCUUUCAGCGAACAAAACGUAUCGCAGGAGAUGUCUGAAGAAGGUUGGAGAGCUUUGGCGAAGAUCGUUCGUGAUGUAAACCCAAACUUAUCUCCUGAUGAAGAGCUUGGUGACCUGGCAGCUGCUGAGGCAGCCGUCAACGCCAAGGACGCUGAGCGAACGGAGAUUGUUGAUAAACUCAGAGAUGAGCUUCGCCAACUAUCCCGUCAGCAUAGCCAAGCAGCAGCUGCAGCCCAACGACCACCUUCCCAUCCUUCACCAGCGGAACACGAAGCCAAUGUUCGUUCUCUUGAACAACAGCAAUUCUCUAUUGCAAAGCAAUUGAACGAAGAACAAGCGGCGGUGGCCAAAAAGGAGGUGGAGUUGGGCAAGUGGAAAACUGCCAAAGAGGAUAUUGAAAAGGUUGAGAUUGGUGAAGGGGAUUGGGCGGAUGGCAAGGUUAUUCGACUGAAACUAUUCUCGGAAGCUGGAUUCUCUUUAGUAUCAGCGAAAGAUGGAUCUAACGUUACCAAGGUCUUGAUAAGGAACGAUGCCAAAGAGGAUGUACACUCAGUUGUGGUCGACAAUUCACGCCCAAAAGUGUAUACGGCAAAUCUUAUAUGGAGCUUGGCAAGUGAUUAAAGGGCCUCUGAUAGAAAAUUGAAGGGUGUAGAGGGUACAAUCUUGUUGUCUUGAGUCAUUAGAACAUUUGUAUGUAUCAUCACUUUCUCUCAGCUAUCGGAUCUGCUGCACAUGUGUAGGGUCGUCCUUCAUCAACAUCUCCGAGCGAUUUAGGGCGUCACGUUCCAAUCACAAGUCAUGUGACAUAUUUCAUUUUACGACUAUCCUCGUUACCAUCCCAAUCAACAAUGUUGAAGUGAGAUUACCGAUCAAUUUCUUCUGAUUAACCUUCGUGAAAUCAUUUUGCAACCCCAUAAUCCCUCUGUAGGGGCUUGCAGCUGGCCUAAGAAACCUUAAUACCACGACUCAAGCGGUGCCAGGUUAAUAAAGUCGACGGCUGAAUUGGAAUUUGAGCGUUAAUGAUGUCUAUGCGCACUUGAAUGUCAAAGGCGUCUCCUGACAUGGUAACGUUUGUCUGCUGUGAACUGGGUUGUUCUGGGCAUUUAUGAGCAUCCCGUAUGGGGCAGUACUGUAUAUUGGGCGCAGGACUUUGGAACGUGAGGUCCUGUCGUCUGCUGGCGAUAAAGCUUCUACACACAAGUACUUCUAAAUCGACCAUUUGAAGUAUUCCUCUUUGGAUAAUGGAUAUGGAAAGAGAAGGCAGAAAAGAGAAAAAUGGGUGAAAUAUGACACAAAAAGGCUGACAAGAAUUUGUUAACAAGGAGAUAGACCUUACUCACUGCUGCGGCUUAGAUAUGAGCCGGCCGGGAUGGGUGUAUACAAAACCAGUAGUCAUGAUUUAUGCAUUAUAGACAAUAG